AAUAAAAGUGAAAGAGGACAAAGAGCAGGAGAAUUGACUGAGAGUCAGAAAGUAGAUCAGCAAUGGAUGAAAGUAAGCUCAGAAAAUGUGUUCAGAAAUUCAAGCUAAAAGACUGUAAUAGGGGGGAUCACAGCUACAAGAGGAUCCUCCUACAGCUGUUUGGAUACACAGGACAUGGCAAGUCUGCCUUUAUCAACUCCUGUAAAUAUGCGAUUGAUGGAGGAAAAUAUGAGAUAUAUGCUAAGGCAGAAGUAAAUGAUGGCUGUGUCACAAGGGAGAGAAGAACUUAUCAACUGACCCCCACAAUCACCAUUGUGGACAACAAAGGCUGUACAAAACUGGACCAUAUGGAAAUGCUGGAGAUCUAUGCUCAGCUGGGUAAUUUCCUUCCCGUUAAUGAGAAGGUUGAAAGUAAAGAGAACUACAAGGAUUACGCUUCCAGACUGGAAGACUCUGAGCUGCAUCCAAAUGACACAGAUAUUGUAGUUCCAAUAUUUGUUUACAGUGCCCAGAAGGGAUUAUUGGACCAGGAGAAGCCCGCCUUAAAAUCGUUCCUUCAAACCUGCAGAGAAAUAACAGGCAUUGUCCCCAUUGUUGUCCUCACCUUUACAAGAAAGUUUGACAAGGAGAUGAUAAAGAACUGGGAACAAACGUUUGUACAAAUGGGAGCAGAGUCAGUGCUGGAGGUAGAGAAUUACACUGAGAAGGAUCCCACCAAGGAGAGACUUUUAAGUUUCCUCAAAAUUAUCCACUUGGCUUUGGAAAAUGUCCAAUUCUGUAUGGAGAGACCCAAGGAACCAAAAAAAGAAUGUAUAAAGAACAAGAAAAUUCUACUUAAAUUAGCAAAUGAAUAUUAUACAACAAGCAACAUGGGAUAAACGAAGAUACUCAAGAAAAGAGAUGUAAAGUACUGUGCAAGAUAUGUUAUAAUGUGUUUUGCCUUGGCAGUAGAUUCCAAGCCAUGUAAACCCAACUCAUUUCCUUUAAUAAAUCACCCUUAUCUAAUUCAUGCACUGAAGUCAUCCAUACCUCCCAAGUUUCAGUUUUCUGCAGGACAGUCCC